CAUAUACAGCGGAGCUUCUAGGACUGGAUUGUUUUCUUCUCUUUCUCUGCCCGUGCGUCUUGGAUUUGUUACACUGACCACUGUGGGAUUAUGGCCUGCCAGCGCGAGGAGGGACGUCACCGUGGCGGCCGGGUGGAUUCGGGCCGCGGUGACCCCGGUGCGGAGGGCCGACUCACCGGUGGUCGCGGUGGGGCGAUCCCCGCGAGACUUCCGUUGCCGUGGACGGUGUUUACGCUUCUGGCGGUGCUGGUGGUGUUGCUGGCGACGGGUCCACCGUGUGCCCGGGGGCAGGAUCACUUCGACGAGUUCAACCCGAAGCCGCAGCAGUGCAUCCCCAUCACCAUUAAGCUGUGCAAAGACGUGGGCUACAACGUGACUCGCAUGCCCAACCUGGUGGGCCACGAGCUGCAGCAGGACGCCGAGCUUCAGCUGCAGACCUUCACGCCGCUCAUCCAGUAUGGCUGUUCCGCCAACCUCCGCUUUUUCCUCUGCUCCGUCUACGUGCCCCUCUGCACCGAGAAGGUGGACAUCCCCAUCGGCGCCUGCCGGGGUAUGUGCGAGCGGGUCAAGAACAAGUGCGAGCCGGUGCUGAAGGAGUUCGGCUUCAUGUGGCCGGCCAGCCUCAACUGCUCCAAGUUCCCCCCACAGAACGACGCCCGGACCAUGUGCAUGGAGGCGCCGGAGCCGGACUCCGACCCAGGGGACCGGCCUGACAGGGGGCACGGAGGGGGUGGCAUGCGCCCGAUCCCCACCCUGCCCACCCCGGGUCCCAGCGAGCGGGACUGCCAGCACAAGCGGUCCCCGUAUAAGUGGCAUUACGUCAAGCGGAACGAGGAGUGCGCUCUCCGCUGCGACCAGAACCUCCUCUUCAACUCCAACGAGAAACACUUCGCUCAGAUCUGGAUGGCCAUCUGGGCCAGCAUGUGCUUCCUGUCCACCACCCUGACCGUGCUGACCUUUGCCAUCGACCCCUCCCGGUUCCGCUACCCGGAGCGGCCCAUCAUCUUCCUGGCCAUCUGCUACAGCGUCUACAGCAUCGCCUACGUAGUGCGCCUGGUGGCCGGCUACGCAAAGAUCGCCUGCGACGAGGACGGCGAGACCAGCUUCUUGAUCAGCGAGGGCCUGGAGAACACCGGCUGCGCCGUGACUUUCCUCCUUCUCUACUUCUUCGGGAUGGCCAGCUCCAUUUGGUGGGUGUUCCUCACCUUCACCUGGUUCCUGGCCGCCGGGCUGAAGUGGGGCCACGAGGCCAUCCAGAUGCACAGCACCUACUUCCACUUGGCGGCCUGGGGGAUCCCCUUCGUCAAGACCGUAAUCGUGCUCAUCAUGCGGGUGGUGGACGCCGACGAGCUCACGGGAAUGUGCUACGUGGGCAACCAGAACCUGGAUGCCCUGACGGGCUUCGUGCUGGCCCCCUUGUUCACCUACUUGGUCCUGGGCACCCUGUUCCUCCUGGCCGGCUUCGUCUCGCUCUUCAAGAUCCGCUCCGUCAUGAAGAACGACGGCACCAAGACGGACAAGCUGGAGCGGCUGAUGGUCAAGAUCGGCCUCUUCUCGGUGCUCUACACCGUGCCGGCCACCAUUGUGGUGGCCUGCCACUUCUACGAGCGCUCCAAUCGGACGGUCUGGAUUUUGCUGGGACUCACCCCCAAUGUGGAGGUAUACAUGCUGAAAAUAUUCAUGUCGCUGGUGGUGGGGGUCACCAGCGGCAUGUGGAUUUGGUCGGCCAAGACCUUGCUGUCGUGGCGGCGAUUCACGAACAGUUUAUUCCCGACCAUCUGUGGAGGAAAAGCGGGCAACGUCUACGUGGGACCAGGUGGGAACGAGACAGCCGUGUAAUAUUUCUCAUUUAACAACAAAACAAGAUGCUUUAAACCAAAACAAAUCCUUAUUUGCUACUUUGUAAGUUAUUAUAAAUAUAGACGGUUUUAUAUAUAUUAUUAUUGUUAUUAAUAGAGAUCCAACUCAAUGCUAGCCAAACCAUGCCUGUACCUGAUAGCGAACUGUACUGUUGACCAUAAGGUUCUAUGGUUUAACCAUGGCUAGGUCUGGGUCGUGUUUUGUACGGUAUAUUUAUACAACUUGUUCCUCUGUUUGUCGGUAAUUAUAUCUUUUUCAAAAAGACCAAGGAGGUUCCAUUCGCUCAAGACUCUUCGGUGGUCCUUCACUCGGCUCACAAUCAAUCCCCAACUCUCUCUCUUUCAAAGUCAAAAAGGUAUUAAGCAGUCUUUCCCUCUCUUGUGAGCGGACAAUAGCCGGUGCGGACCCGGGAGUAAAUACCGUUAAAUGUGCCCCGGCCCGGGCAUUGUUGUCCCGGGCCGCGGCCCCGGUAUUGUCUUGCUCUGCCCUCCUGCUCCUCCGUCGUCCGAGUGAAGGGACCCGAAAGAGUGAAGCGAGUCGGAACAAAUUAACAUCAGUCUCUCCAACGGUCAAUAGAAAGGGCAUAGCAGAUCCCCUGGCCACGGGACGCUAGCUGUCAAGUGCCCGUUCUAAUCAGUCAGCUAUCCUGCCCGCGUUGAGCCACUUAUAUCUACAGGUAUAGGUUUUAACGUGCGGCCAAUUCCACGAAAUUAUUAAACCCUUCAAUUCCUUUUUUCCUGCCAGAACACAAAGCAAAUAGAAACCAUUUCAGUAACUCAGGCAGGGAAAUGAGCUCAACUUCUUUUACUUUCGGUUAUUAAACAAUCCUAAUUGAAAAUCCGUAAAUGUACAACUACAAGGCAUCCGCUACAACUUGUUCAAUACACCGCUGUGGCCAUUGUGCGGAUCCGCCCAACGUGUUACUGGAACUUACUCCAACUCGAACUUUAGAGCUGCUCUUUGGGUUUUUGAAAGAAAUUUGGUUGCGAUUUAAUAAGGAUAAUGAACGGCCCUGAAAACUUUGUAAACUUUUUUUUCACCUCCCCAGAUUUCAGGAUUUACCACGAAUUUCUGAUUUGUAACUUGAGGGCUGUGAUUUUUGUUCGGUUUCAAUGUUUUCAGAACUGUGCUCAAUUCCCGUUCAUUUCUUUUGGAACAGAAACAUUGCGGAAAGAGUUUGGGGCUCAACAUGAAUGUCGGAUCAAAUGGUUGGUAUACCGGCGCAUGUAUAGGGUGCAUUUUCGCUUCAGUUAGGAACAAAGGACAUUAUGUUGGUUUGCUUAAACGUUUUGUUUUAAAACCAAUGCUACGUUGAAGUCAUGAACCAAUGACGUGUGAACCUGAUUCAAAUCAAUGUGUGGCGCCAUUUUCUCUAAGCCCCUUCCUCCUCAACAUGAAGACACUCUCUGAACGUGACUGAAGAAAUCUACUUGUUGGAGACUGACACUUGCCAUUCUGAACAAUGUUACUCGAUUAAAUAUUAGUCGAAAAUGCACCAUGACAACGGUGCUCGUGCCUGUCGGGAGUUUCCUCGCAAGAAUCUCCAGAAACCAUUUUUUUUGGGGAUUGAUGAUAAUGAUGACAAAUCAAUGCCCCAAUUCAAAGGCACCUGCCGAUAUUAGAAGAGAGCAAAUCUGGCGUCAAGAAUGCCACACAUUUAUACUGGAAUUGGAAAGGGUUUCGAUGAGGCAUGCUUACAUGAACGAGAAGGUAAAUUUUCUAGAUUCAUGACAUAGUGGAAGAUACAAAAUGUGAUAUGUGUUUUUUCUCUUUUUCCCUCCCAGAUGUAUCAAUGCACUGGAAAACAAUGGUUUGUGUGCCUCGGGUUUAGCUGUUUAGGCUCCAAACUGUCUCAAAGCCAUCCCUCCUGUACCGAACUUUAAACUGAACUUGAGAGUUCAAACCUUGAUGGGACUUUACAAGUUUUUGUUAACCGUUUUUGUCUUUAAGGUUCAAUGUUGUUACUAAGUAACGUUCUCGUUUUACUUCCAAAUUAAAUUGUAUAUUGUUAAGUCCCCGUUAUUCGAAUACUAAUACAAAAUGUUGAACCCUGUUCCAGAUGGUUUAUUUUUUGUUAAGCUUUUAAGAGAGUUACCGGCUUAUGCACCUGCUAAUUUGAUCCCUGAAUAAGGCCGUGCUAAGAUAGUUAAUGAUUUGACUUUAUGGUAAGCAAGACAGAACAGAUCACGAAAAGUUGGCUUCAGGAUCAAUUGUGAAGGAAAUUAUUGUACUUUCUGAAGCACCAAGGCGUCAGAAAUAUUUGCUAAGCAAGAACAGGUUACCAGUCAUUCUGCCACACGCAAUGUACGCCUGCUUGUGAUUGGUGCCCGGCAGAUUUUUUUGCUGAGCACUUUUUGUGCUACAGGUCAUUUGAAAUUUGCCCUAUGGCAACACAGGCCUGGUGACCUGUUCAUGUCGAGUGUAAUUGACUUUGCGUGGUCAACGAAUUAAGGUUACCAGCACCGAAAAUUUGUGUUUUCAUGUGUCAUUCAAGGUGUGCUUCUCCGACCUGUAAUCGACAACUUUCAAAUUGCCACAUGCAGUUCUUAUUACCCCAGACCUCUGACACUGUAUCGUGAUUCCUACCUUGUUUAGUUUUAACAUGAGAAUGCAUUAUGCAUCUGUUCCUAGAACUUUUUUUGGGGGGGGGAUGGGAACUCACGAAACCGUUCUUUGCGAAUGAUCGAAAUAACCGUGGAUCUCUCUGGUGAUGAGCUGUUCUGAACUUGUGGAAAUCAAUAAACGUCAAGGCACGCUUUCUUUGAA